CCAACGCAAAAUCACACGUUAAUGAACAUUCUUCAUAAAUCUAAUGAGAUAACAAGAUGCUGCCGGAAUCCCAGCGUAUCUCCAUGUCUUCCCAACGCACUGUAAACUGAAGAUAAACAGAGAUCUUAUUGUACAUAUAGUAGAGUAUGUGCUAAAGCAUAUCACAAGCCAAAUACACCGUAUAGGUAUAUAGCUCGUCGUAAAUCGGCUGAAUCUUUGUCCUUGAGGGUAAAUUAUAUCUUUCAAUUUAUAUCGACCUAACGUACAGCGUACUAUUAGGUAUCCAUGGCUGCGAAUUUGAAAUGUCUAAACAAAUGGCUGCCGCUUUGAGGAACGAAACAUUUAGUAGAGGUUUCCGUCAAAAUUAUUUCGUUGAAACGACUUUGAAAACUCCAUCAGGGAUCGCAGUUAUACCUGUCUCAAGGAUCGGUUGACGUAAUCUCGCUUCAUCUUCUAUUUCCUGUUAUUAUUUUAAGAUGUCCGGAGUCGGUAAACCAACGACUUGUAAAGAUGCUAUCCGGAGGUGGGAGGAAGCCACAGGCCUCGACGCGUCUUCGGCAACAGAAAUAAACUUGAGUUUUCAGUGGCCACCAAUAGAAAAAAUGGACAACGCUUUUAACGUUAUUUCAAAAUGCGAAAAAUUAACGCUUUCGACAAAUAUGAUAGAGAAAAUUGCCGGUAUAUCAGCGUUGAAGAACCUGAAAAUCCUUUCAAUAGGUCGUAAUUUGAUCAAGGCAUUUUCGGGGCUAGAGCCACUGGGUGAUACUUUAGAAGAGUUAUGGAUAUCCUAUAACAGUAUAGAAAAAAUGAAAGGGAUAACGUGCAUGAAAAAUCUCCGGGUUUUGUACAUUUCUAAUAAUCUCAUACGAGAGUGGAACGAAUUAUCAAAACUCUCAGAGUUACCGAAUCUUAGAGAUUUAUUAUUCGUAGGAAAUCCUCUCUGCGACGGUUUUGAGACGGAAGCUUGGAAGGCAGAAGUAGCCCGAAGACUUCCAAAUUUGGAAAAACUAGAUGGAGAAUUGAUCAUACGUAGCGAAGACGCUGCCCCUUCUAGCGGUCAACUUUCAAAAGCCGAAUGUCCACCUCCGCUACUUCCAAAAUCACCCGAACAACAAUAAUCAAUUUACUUGAACUUUACAUACCUUUUUUUAAUCUUUUUCUGUUUCAAUAUCAUUUACACAUUUAUUAUUCAUUUAUUCGUCUCAUAUAUAUAUAUAUAUAUAUAUUGUAACACAAUUGAUAUAUCAUAUACAAUAUUUCAUUCGUUUAUACUUUUUCUUCAUACUGUCUUCAACGAUUUUUCUUCACAUGUUUGUUUUUGACGCUUUUUCAAGUUGAAAAAAUUUAUAAUAUAUAUAUUUGUAGAUUCGCAUUUAUUCA